GCAAAAACCGUGUUUGUACAAAAGCGGGGUUUAGAAACAGUGCGCGUGACGUCAGGGAAUUAUUUGCAUACUGCGCAGUAUUUAUAGUGUGAUUGACACUGGAGGCAUCACUCUGCUGAUACGCCAACCAGAUCUUUGUCUCUCUGUCACUUCUCUGGCUUAAACCCUGAGCCUCUGCAAACAUGUCUGACAAACCUGACGUCACAGAAGUCACAACCUUCGACAAGACCAAACUGAAGAAGACGGAGACUCAGGAGAAAAACACAUUGCCAACCAAAGAAACCAUCGAGCAGGAGAAGUCAAAGUCCUAAUGAAGACAGCUCUUCCUGUGCACUGUACAUUCCACAAGCCUUGCCUUUUUUUUUUUUUUUUUUUUUUUUUUCCCUUUUUUUCCCCCCAAACAUGUAAUCCAAGUUGCAGUAUUUACUAACCAAGAUGAUGGCUGCACAGCCACACACCACUCUCUUGUCUAGAUGUCUCUUUUUGUACAGUAAGGAAGUGUGGCUCAAUUUUGGCGUGGGUUCCUGUUAAUCUGUUUUGCUGGGGCUAAAUCUCCAGGUGUGUCUUGGAACAACUGAGGAACAUACACUUUGAUUUGUUGCCCUACACUGGCCACCUGUGAAAUCUCACAAAGCAAGCUGUGUUUCUUUUUGUAAAAAAACAAAACCGGAAUGCACAAGUUUGUUAAAUAUGCAAAAUAAAAAAAUUAAAAAUUGA